AUGCUACGUAGAAAAAGUAGCACUUCGGGGACACUGCCUACGAGUCAACCUAAGAACCCAGAUUCCAAUUCAAAGAGUGAAAUUACCAGAUCAAAUUCUCAAUGGAAGUUGUUGGAUAGAUUUAAACCACAGAAUCCUCCUUUGAAGGCGUCUUACACUAGUAAGAUAUCAGAGGAAAACAGUAGCAGUAUUAAAAAGGAGCAUAAAGAGGAAGUAUGCGUUAAGAAUUGCAAAUGUUGUGGAACAAUUGUAUCAUAUUCCGGUGGAACACAUAAAUUUCGUUGCUCUGUAUGUAAUACCACUAAUGUUAUUAUGGAUAGGUCAAGACCACAACCAGAUCCAAGUUCAUAUCCUCUUGUUUUAUCGUUCAAACGGGUAAAGAAGAUGAUUGAUAAAUGUGUGCAUGAUGCGGACGAGGCAUGUAGACAAGGGAAUUCUAAGUCAACACAUGAAAUAUUUGAACCUCUUUCCAGUUACCUAUUUCUGGCCUUCAAAUCAUAUCCUUGCUUGAAUAAUUCGUUUAAAAUUAAGAAAACUAGUAAGAAAAUUCACUACUCAACAUCUAACUUAAACCUUGAAGAUAUCAGGUCAAUGUUUGUCCUUUUGACUCAUUUACCUACCAAGAGACCAUUAUAUAAUGCACUAAGUGGAGCUUCUGAUUUGUUGAAGCGGGUAGAGGUGUAUCAGAAUGAUGAUGCCAGGAAUCUACUUUGGUUGUUAAUUCUCUUGGAAAUUCCAUUUCUUUCGAAUGCGUUGGUAAAUUAUGAGAAAGGCGCUUCUACUCAAAUUACAUCAAUGAUAGACGUACCCGAAAUCAAGACACUAUGCUAUGACAUAUUGAAAAGAGUGUUUGGGAUUAUGGCUCAAUUUAAUUCUACUCCAGAGAAUAAUUAUAUAGCCAGUUGGGUUUCAAAACUCAACAAAUAUGAAUUUCUGUCUAAGGUCGAUCUCAUAAAUUUAUAUAUAACAUUUCACCUUAAGAAAUAUUUUCACAUUGCCAAUAAUCCACAUUUGUUAAGACGGAAGAGUCUGAGCUCUUCAUCUCGUCAUCAUGAUCAUCCCACUGAUUAUGAAUAUUUGGACAAUAUUCAAUUGAAAAAUGACCUUGAAGAAAUGCCCUCCACCGACUUGAGUUCUCCAGGCCUCCAUCCAGCCGCGAGCUUAAUACCAAAUAGGACUACGCUACCUAGAUCGAAGUCUAAAAAGGACUCGGUGGUCAAGAUAAAAAUUCAUCAAUAUGCUAAUGAUUGGCAUUUGAAAACAGCUGCAAUAUUCCUUUCUACUUUCAACAGGGCAAAUUCUAUUCGCAGUGGUAGCGAUAAGUUGCUGGUUAGCAUAUUUUAUAACUCAUUGCUUGAUUUCGUUAAUAUUAAACUAGAUUUCGAUUCAUGGCAGAGUAACAAAAAGUCUAGCAUUAAACCAACAAAUCAUCUUCAAGAACCUGAGUUACAGACUGUUAUCGACUACAUUCACGGGCAUACUAAUUCGUUUAAAUUUAACGAAUCCUCUUCGUAUUUCUUUUGCCAGUACCCGUUUUUGAUAUCGUUAGGAAGUAAAAUUUCUAUCUUGGAGUACGAGGCAAGAAGACAAAUGGAAAGAAAAGCAGAGGAGGCAUUUAUCAAUUCUCUUGACAAGAGAAUUGCAAUCGACGUCUAUUUUAAAGUUAGGGUUCGUCGGGAAUAUAUUGUCCAAGACUCCCUAAGAUGCAUUAAAAUAAAUCCAACUAAUCUAAAGAAAAGUUUAAGAGUACAGUUCAUAGACGAGCCAGGUGUAGAUGCAGGUGGAAUAAAGAAAGAGUGGUUUCUAUUAUUAACCAGGGCGUUAUUCAGUCCCCAGGCGGGAAUAUUUGUAAAUAUCGAAGACUCCAACCUCUUGUGGUUUAAUAUUGUACCUAUCGAGAACUACGAGAUGUAUUAUUUAUUUGGAGCUAUCUUGGGCUUAGCAAUCUACAAUUCUACUAUAUUAAAUUUAAAAUUCCCCACAGUUCUAUACAAGCUUCUACUAGGCAAGCCGGUCGACUUAAGUGAUUACCAGAAACUAUAUCCGGUGUCCGCCUCGAAUUUACUAAAACUAAGAGAGUACAAUGACGAAGAAUUAAGGGCAAUGGAACUAACAUUCGAAGCAUCAUACACAGAUUUGCUCGGCAAAGUUCAUACCAAGCAGUUGAUACCCAAGGGCAGACAUACCGUAGUCACGUCUCAAAACAGAGAGACCUAUAUCGAGAAAUACGCCAAGUUCUUUAUGUCUGACGGAAUAGCCAACCAGGUGAAUUUCUUUGUCAAAGGCUUUUCCACCGUCAUCGGUGGGAAUGCCUUGUCGCUCUUUCUGCCCCAGGAAAUCGAAUUGCUACUCUGCGGCUCCGACGAAGAAAAAAUCGACGUCGCCAUCCUAAGAUCAAUAACUAAAUACACCGGCUGGAAGGACAACGACCAUGCCAUGACCUCCUCGGCCGUAAAGUGGUUCUGGGAAUACAUGGACAGCUUAUCCUACAAGCAGCACAAAAAGGUCUUGGCCUUUGUCACAGGAUCUGAUAGAGUACCGGCUACUGGAAUCCAGAAUCUUAAUUUCAGGAUAAGUAGAUUAGCAAACGGUAAGGACAGUAAUAGAUUACCGGUAGCCCAUACUUGCUUCAAUGAACUCGCGUUGUACGAGUACUCAUCCAAAGAAAAGAUGAUAUCCAAAUUGACAAUGGCGGUGAACGAGAGUUCCGGAUUUGGUAUUAAAUAG